AUGCCGAUUGCUCGCUCGACGCUGCAGCCAAGCGCGUUACGCGGCACGUGGUCGUGGGCGUCGCUGGCCGCAGAGGCACCUGCAGACAACCUUAGUGCCAUCCGCCACCUUCCGCGGGUUCGUGGUUGGUACGGAAUUCAAGGUCGGUUCCGCCAGCGGCAUGCCGAAGAAACUGGCAAACGGAAUGACGACGACGACGACGACGACGACGAGUUUGAAACCCGAACCGGACGAUGGGAAAACUCAAGGUCACCCGGUGACCGAACUGAAUCCGUGUUGUUGGACGAAAUUAAUCCGGCCGGGCAGAGAUUUACGACCGCCCAGCAUUCGUCGUCGACAAAACCACAGCUUACGACGGUUUUCGGAUCGGUCGUAAAAAAACGGCCAGGCGCACAUUUCGCUGCAAACAUGUCAAGGAAACGAUCGCUUUUUACCGUUCUGAACAAAAACUGCUGCGUUCUGUGCUUGUCACCGGCGAACGUCAUGAUGAGCAAAAGUUUGGGCGAUGGAACGUGA